CUUUCGCAAUGUAUAUAUAGGUUGCACAGGCCCCAGAGGCGCCUCCGGAGUUUAAGACUUGCAGCAAUGGUUGCCAAGAUGAGUAGCGCCGCCAAGGCAUACGCUGCCGUUGUUCUGAUCAGGCUCAUGUACUCCGGCAUGCAUGUCAUGAGCAAGGUGGCCCUGAAUGAAGGCAUGAACCCCCUGGUGUUUGUGUUCUACCGGCAUAGCACCGCUGCGCUCGUGUUGAUCCCUCUUACUUUUGUUAUCGAGAGGCGAAAAGCUAAGCCGGUGACGUUCAAGAUUGCAUGCAAGAUGUUUAUUCAUGCCUUAUAUGGGGUGACGGCAUGUGGUGACUUAUUCAACCUUGGCCUCAACUAUGCUUCAGCUACAUCGUCAUCGGCAUUGUACAAUGUUCAACCGGUGGUCACGUUCAUCCUAGCCGUUAUAUUUGGGAUGGAGACUAUGAAAUUGACGAGGUUCCACGGCAAAGUAAAAUUCGCUGGUAUUCUUUUCUGCAUCGUCGGUGUCACCGUGCUGGCCUUCUAUGAAGGACCAAUGUUCAAAUCCUUCAACCAUCACCAGCUCUUUCAGCACCGCGACAACGGCUCACCUGGAGCAGACACCAACUCCAAGAAGCAAUGGGUGUUGGGAAUUUUCCUCAUGACACUAUCUAACGUCUUAGCAGGCUUAUGGACAGUGCUUCAGGGGCCAUUAAUAGAAGACACUUCCAAGCUGAUGAACACCACGCUUCAGAUCUCAUGCGCGUCGGUCCAAGCCUUCGUUGUGGCUAUCGCAGCCGAGAGGGACUUCUCCAAGUGGAAGCUGGGCUGGAAUGUUAGCCUCGUCGCGAUAAUCUACAGCGGUGUGAUUGUUACUGCGCUUUCGUACUACAUGCAAAUGUGGACGAUCGCCAAGAGGGGGCCGGUGUUCCUUGCCAUGUCGAUGCCGCUUACUUUCGUGUUCACAAUCAUCAUAUCCUCCUUCAUUUUAGGGGACGCAGUUAGCCUAGGGAGUAUUUUUGCCGGGAUACUACUGAUUGGAGGCCUGUAUAAUGUCUUUUGGGGUAAAAGCAUCGAGGAGAAAGAUGACAUUAACAAGAUAAGCACAGGUAAACCUGGCCUGGAGCUGCAGGACAAGGAGGCGCCCCAAGUGGCAGAUGACGAUGCAGAAGCAAAGGUCUAGCUCAGGCAGGCGAUGGAUGUGACAGAAAAGAUUGUGUCAAAGCCAAGCUAGCCACUGGUUUCAGGGUGCUGCGAACGAACGCACGCAUAUGCAGCAGCUCUACUCACCUGAACUGGUGGCGCCCAAUUGCAUUGGUUUCGGACGAUAAGAUGACUUUGUGCCAUUGUAUCUGCUCCUGGCGCAGCACAAUGUUUCCUUUGCACUACCAUAGUUUAUUCAUCCGCAUGAAUAAAAAGGAGUUUGGGUCGCUUUUAGUGA